AUGAAGCCGCACUUGUCCCUGUUUGGGGAGAAACCGGAGACGAGGAAGCAAGCCGAUUGGGAAUUGUUGGAUAAACGAGCGUUGGGUGUUAUUCGACCGACGCUGGCUUAUGAUAUUGCAGCUAUAGCUGAUAAUUCUGAUGGUGUCGAUAGGGUCUUGUCCGUCAAUGAGAAUUCAUCAUUUGACGGAUGGAUUAUGGAUUCUGGUUAUUCUUUUUAUGCUACACCAAACAGGAACUGGAUGUAUGAUGGUAUUGUGAGGAUAUUGAACGGAGUAAGACACGUUCCUGAAUUGAAAAAGAACUUAAUUUCCUUGGGUGCCCUAGAUUUAGCUGGAUGCAGAUAUUCUUCACAAGGUGGAGUUCUCAAGGUUGUUCAAGGUGCUCCGGGAAUUCCGAAAAAAUUCUUAGGAAGAUAUGGAAAGGAUCUCUCAAGCUUGGUGCUACUCAAGGUUCCGGGCAGCUUGACUUGGAGAAUUGGAGUAGAAAAGCGAAACAAUGGCAUUGUUUGGUUAUGGAAAGGGUGGCGAGAAUUUAUGCAGCAUUACUCCAUUGGUCAUGGUCACCUCGUAGUUUUCAAAUAUGAAGGGAACUCCACUUUUCACGUGAUGAUAUUCGAUAAGAGUGCUUCGGAGAUCGAUUAUUCGUCGAGUGGCACAUCGAACCUCGGGAGUGGAUUUAUCUCGCCAAAGAGAGAGUAUGUGGUAGAACUUGAAGUUUCGGUGGAUUGCGCUCCUCGUCAAAAAAUGAGGGUCGAACCUCAUUCACCAUGUUCUCAGUCGAGUCCAUGCUGCUCAUCACAAGAUCUCGAAGACAGGGUCGGAGAGUCUAGAAGCAGAGCUAGCCAUUCUAAGCCAGUUUUUGGUGGUUCUACAAGUUCGUGGCCUCUCUCUAGUUUUGAAUUGGCUAGCAAAUUUGACUCAGAGUAUCUUUUCAAGGUGGUGAUCCGGCCAUCUCACAUUAAACAUGAUAUAAAUGUUCCUCGUAAUUUCAUCAUGCAGCGCAUUCGAAAAAUCAAGAAAAUCGCGACUCUCAGGCAUUCAGACAGAACAUGGCCGGUGAAGCUUAGUAGCUAUCCUAGUGGGGCGAUGUUCUCUUCUGGUUGGAUGGCAUUUGUGAGAGGAACUCGCUUGCAUGUAGGAAAUGUCUGCGUGUUCGAGCUAACUGAUAGAGAUGAUAUUGUGUUCAGAAUCUACAUUUUCAGCAGCGCAGGCAGGAACAAAUGGUCUAAAUGCAGAGUGAACCAUUCUGAGCCGGUAUUUUGUGAUCCUACUCCUCCAAGGCCUCUCACUACUCCUGAAUUAGCCAGUGAAUUUGAUUCGGAGCAUCCUUUCUUCAAACUGGUGAUACACCAGGGUCAUUUUAAGAGAGCGCAUGUUCCCCGUCGAUUCGCCGAGCAACAUUUUGAAGAAUUCGAGGGGACGGCAACUCUUAGGUAUUCAGAUAGAUCGUGGGUGGUGAAGCUCUUAAUAUUUACGCACCAAACCCGAGUGUACUUUUCUGCUGGUUGGGCUGCAUUUGCCAGAGAAACUCAUUUGCGUGUAGGAAAUGCCUGCGUGUUUGAGCUCAUUGAUAGGGAUGUUGUUGUGUUCAGAGUUUCCAUCUUCGAAAAUGGUGGUGAGGACCAGAUUCACAUUGAUUGAGGUGAUCAUGAAAUGUGUUACUCUAGGAAGUUCCCAGCAUUGAUAUGAGUUCA